AUGUCUAAAGGAAGAGGUUGUUCUUCCGAAGAGAAGAUUGAUCCAUGUUUUUCUCUUGAACUGCCUCCUGGUCCCUUUCCAUUCAAUACCAAAUAUGAUCCAAUUGUCUCUGGAUUUGAAGAAACUAUUCAGGCCAUCCAGAAAAAAUUACAGAACUCAACACAAGUAGAUCAAACCACCAGCAACGGAAGACCGUUAUCGGGAGGAUCAAGUGUGAUCAUGGUUGUCAGUUCGGGAAAUAACACUCUCACUAUUUAUGAUUGUUAUAAUAUUUCGAUCAAACAAGUCAUGGCUUCAGAGGAACGAACAUUUAUUUUGACGACAGAGGGAGAUGUUUAUCAUUGUUUUGCUGGAGAACCUUUUCAAAAACUCGACAUUCCUGAUCCAAUUGAAAUGAUGACAUCACGUCGCCAUUUAUUACUUGUAGCAAAAGACAAGAGUGUUUAUUUCAAUGAUUCUUUUAAUAUGGCAUCGGACAAACUUGCCAAGUGGAAAACAAAUGAUUAUCCUUGGCCAAAAGAUAAAGAAUAUCCAGUAGAUGUAUCAGCAGGCUCAACACAUUUAUUAAUACUUACCAAUGUUGGAAAUGUUUAUGGAUAUGGACAAAAUUAUGGUCAAAUAGGAUUCCCAUAUGGAAAUAAUCCUUAUACAACUGCUUGGCACAAAUCUGACACUUUACAUGUUACUGGAAAAAUUAUUAGAAUUUUCACGACGUAUAACACAAGUUUUAUUUUGACAGACGAAGGGAAAUUAUACGCAUGUGGUGAUCGGUCUUAUGGUGCUUCGGGAUUGGCGAGUGAAUCAGGUGCUCUACUUCACCGUUGGACUCUACUUUCAAAUAUUUCACAUGAAUUUGUGACAGAUGUGAGAACUGGAUUGUUCUUUGUUGCUGUUCUGUGCAGGUCGUCCAAAAUUUAUGUGUUUGGGUAUUUCAACUUCUAUCAAUUUGGACGAAACAGUUCAACAAACUCGGGUGUAAAUAGUACACCAAUACUUUUGGAUACUUUUGAGAUAUCAAAGAUUGCAGAUAUCGUUUGUGGAGGCUACAACUCUAUGAUUUUAACGAAAAACAAAGAAGUGUAUAUUGGUGGUAUGGGUAGAAGUGCAUUAAACGCGAGCAACUCGGGUGAAUACUCCAAGUUGGAAUGGUCCCGACUUUUAAGACAAAUUUACACAGGCUGUACUUUUAGUAAUUCUAAGGUCUCCAUGAAUAUGGGAAACACCUUUUACGCAUUGUACAUUUCAACAGACACAUCCAUUACAAAAUUGUUCAAUUUUAGAAAUAUUUGGAAAGUUGCAGAUGUAUUUUUUCGUUUUGACUGA